AUGAACAAGUCGUACAGAGAGACACAACAGUUAGAUAGAACAAAAGAAUUAUCGAUUCAAUUCUACAAAGAUACAUUAUUACCAUUUAUCUUUUUUAUAAUAUUAGUGUUAUUAGCGUUACUUGUUCUCGUUCUUGGUAUCGUACCUCUCUUUUUUGGAUUAAUAUACCUAUUGUUCAAAACGAGAAAGGUUUCAUAUCAUUAUUACAAGCAUGGUACAUUAAAUCAAUUCGUUAAUGAUGAAGAGAAAGAUGCAAAUAAAGAUGCAGAUAAAGAUGCAGAGAAAGACAGUGAUGACGACGACGAUCAAGACAGUGCAGAUCAAGAAAAGGCAAAGGAUGCAAAUAAUCAAGAUAUCUCUUCAUCCUCUUCAUCUGCAAUAGUCGUACAUAGAAAAGCUAAUAUACCUAUCAAUAAUGUAACAACAACAAAAACAAAUGAAACUACUACUACUACAACAACAACAACUAAUACAACAACUAAUAGGCAAGGAGGAAAGAAGAAAAAGAAAAAGAAUAGAGGAACAAACACCACCAAGAAUUGGAAUGAAGCUACACUUGAACAGUACCUCAAAAAUGCUGGUUUUGUUAGAGGUUCAGACAACACUCCAAGUUACAAGGCUGAAUUGAUAUCAAUCAGCAUUCAAUUUGUACAAUGUGUCUUGACAGAAGCGUACAAAGAUUCAGAUGAAAAGCUUAUAACUCUUACACUUACUGGUGAUGGUGAUGUCGACUUUGAAAGUGCUUUUACUAUCUUUGGCUCCCCCUAUUCUCUGCUCUGGGAAUAUCUUCCUUUACCAUCCUACAAUUUUAUGCUAUCAUUAUUGGUAGUUGGAGCAUAUGUGAUGGGUUUACCUGGGUAUGGUUGUGGAUGUAUCCCCUACUCAAUCAAGAGACAUCUCGAGAAGUUGAUGAUUGAUAUUGAUAUUCCACGUAAUAUGUCAGACCUUGGUGAAACGAUUACAAAAUCUUUCAAUGAAAACUAUUGUCUCAUUCAACAAAAACAACUCAGAUCAGUGGUAUGGGACAAGACAAAGAUGGAACACUAUCUCUUUUACAACAACAUUAGACUAUUCAGUACUACUCGAUACGCAGCUACAGAAGAAAACCUCUUUUGCACUAUCGCAUUGUGUAAAGCUAUCAUGGGGAAUAUCAUCAUGAAUAAUAAUCCUACAAUAUAUACAGUAGAGCAAACCAAAGAAGUGGUACAACGUGAAGAGACUGUUAAUGAGGCACUUGACAGAUUAGGUUGUAUGGCAUUACAACAUUGGAAAACAGAAAAAGUUUGGUGGGCGAUCAAUAUGAAAAUGAAUGUACUUGGUGUAACACUUAUGGCAUUUCAAACUGGUGUCUUUCAUGUAUACCCUCCACUCAUUCCUCAUCUUCAAUCAGAGAUGUUAAACUUUUUACCACAUCCUUAUUUUGAAUUUAGUGAUGAUAUCCAAACAACUUUUAACAAAUAUUAUAAAUUCAUAUUUGAAGAUUCCAUUUUCAUUUAG